AUGAUCGAGAGGAUGCAGGGCAGCAGAAUGGACGAGCAGAGAUGCAUCCUCCCUCCACCCCUCAAAACAGAGGAGGACUAUAUCCCUUACCCCAGCGUUCACGAGGUCCUGGGUCGUAGGAGCCCCUUCCCCCUUAUCCUGCUGCCUCAGUUUGGAGGCUACUGGAUCGAGGGGACCAAUCACAAAUCCAGUGCCACGCCUGAGCAGCAGCCAUGUGCUGCCUCCCACAUCAAGCUGGAGACCAACAGCAUUGCCAAGAUCUACAGGAAACAGUUCAUGGGCAAGGAACACUUUAACUACUACUCCAUGGACACUGCCCUGGGCCACCUGGUCUUCUCCAUGAAGUAUGACGUCAUCGGGGACCAGGAGCACCUCCGCUUGCUGCUAAGGACCAAAUUAAAAACCCACCAUGAUGUGAUUCCUAUCUCUUGCCUGACUGAGUUCCCCAACGUGGUCCAGAUGGCCAAGCUGGUGUUUGAAGAGGUAAACGUGGACAGAUUUUACCCAGUCCUCUACCCGAAGGCCUCAAGGCUCAUUGUCACCUUUGAUGAGCAUGUCAUCAGCAACAACUUCAAGUUUGGAGUCAUUUAUCAGAAGUUUGGCCAGACCACUGAGGAGGAGCUCUUUGGGAACAGCGACGAGAGUCCUGCUUUUGUGGAGUUCUUGGAGUUUCUGGGCGACAAGAUUGAGCUCCAUGACUUUAAAGGGUUCAGAGGGGGACUGGACGUCACCCAUGGCCAGACAGGAACAGAGUCAGUCUACACUAACUUUCACAACAAGGAGAUCAUGUUCCACGUGUCCACCAAACUGCCAUACACAGAGGGAGACACCCAGCAGCUGCAGAGGAAAAGGCACAUAGGCAACGACAUCGUGGCCAUCUUGUUUCAAGAGGAAAACACGCCCUUUGUGCCAGACAUGAUAGCCUCCAACUUCCUGCAUGCCUAUGUGGUGGCGCAAGUGGAGAAUGCCUGCUCAGACAACGUCACGUACAAGGUGUCUGUGACAGCUAGAGACGAUGUGCCUUUCUUUGGACCCGCUCUACCGGACCCGGCCAUCUUUAAAAAGGGACAUGAGUUCCAUGAGUUCCUGUUCACUAAGCUGAUAAAUGCGGAGUACGCCUGUUACAAGGCUGAGAAGUUUGCCAAGCUGGAGGAGCGCACACGGUCGGCCCUGUUGGAGACGCUGUAUGAGGAGCUACACAUCAACAGCCAGUCCAUGAUGGGCCUGGGAGGGGACGAGGACAAACUGGAGAAUGGGGGUGGAGGGGGGGGCUUCUUUGAGUCCUUUAAGCGGGUGAUCCGCAGCAGAAGCCAGUCUAUGGAUGCCAUGGGCCUCAGUAACAAGAAGCCACACACUGUCUCCACUAGUCUCAGCGGCAGCUUUACCGAGACCCCCAAAACCCCAGGGAUAUCAUUACUUGUCCCAGGGAAAAGUCCCAGUAGGUUUCAUGGACGUCGCGGCAGUGCCAUAGGGAUAGGAACAAUAGAAGAGUCUCUGAUCAUUCCUGGGAAGAGCCCCACCAGGAAGAAGUCUGGGCCUUUUGGCACCCGACGGAGCAGUGCCAUCGGGAUCGAGAACAUCCAGGAGGUGCAGGAGAGGAGCAGUCGGGAAGUGUCCCCCAGCACACAGAGGACCCCAGACAGCGGACACAUCUCCCAGUACCCCAAAUCAGAGAACUCAUCCAAUCAGAGCUCACCAGAGAUGCCCACCACAAGGACCAGUUCCACCAUCUGUUGCAGGGCUCCAUACAUCCCUGAGGCCCAGGACCUGUCCCGCUCCUCAUCCAAUGCUAGCAGCUUUGCCAGUGUGGUGGAGGAACACGAUAAUGUGUGCAUCGAUGAAUACAACACUGUACUGGAGAGUCUAUGCUCUUCUGGAACACCACACAAGAAGGACUCAUUUGCGUACGUCUCCUGGGUAGAGGAUAGUAUGAGCAAUACUAGUGCCACCAGCCAGGUCAGCUCUCCAGGUGAGCUUUUUAAUAGUGUUUUCAAUACUGCCAUAAGGCUCCAAAAGUUUAGUUUGUCAUGA